AUGUCAACUGGUCUAGUUUUGUACAGUUACUACAAGAGUUCAUGUACAUGGCGAGUAAGAGCCGCCUUGGCCUACAAGGGCCUCGAGUACACGACUAAACUCGUCAAUGUGGCCAAUGCUGACAAUGUAAGGUUUUUGAAAAUUUUGAAACAUUUUGAAUUUUAAGUUCAAAAUUUUUAAAAAGUAUUGAAAUCUAGAGCAGGGUAGAGUAAAAUAAGGCAGGGCGGGGUAAAAAAUAAAAAAAAAUCAUUUAUAAAUUUAAAAUUUUCAAAAAAAGUUAAAGUUUAUCUAAUUUCAGAUGAUGCCAGCCUAUUUAAAGCUAAACCCCUCAGGCAAUUUGCCAACUUUGAUUCACAACGGCCAAGUCCUGACUGAAAGUAUGGCCAUUUUGGAGUACUUGGAAGAGGUGUUUCCAGACAGAAAACAAUUAUUACCAACUGAUCCGAUCACUAGAGCCAAAAUUCGCACAAUUUGCUCAUUGGUAAGGGCUUGUUUUGGAAAAUCGUGUUUUCGUGGUGGGACCCAUAAUUAUUAAAAAAUUUAAUUUUGACGUUUUGCCUGUUCACAUUGUAGUUUUAAGCUCAAUUUUGGUUUAAAAUGUUUGUAAUAGUGCCGUGACAAGAUUUCAGGGUUUUUCAAGUUUUCGUGGUGGGACCCGAAUCAAUCUCCUAAAAUUUUGUUUGUAACAAAAAAAACUGUUCUCUACUAUAAUUACCUGCUUUAAAACUCAAUAGAAAUUUUAAAAAGUUCAAAUUCUGAAUUUACAGUUCUUUUUCCAAUAUCCAACUCACAAGCUCACCUACUAUAACAUAUAGAAAUCCUGUUUCAGAUAGUGGUCGGGAUUCAGCCGUUGCAAACACCCAAAGUCUACCAACAUUCUGGUCGAACCGAGCGAUUUGCGGUCGAAAUGACAGUGCUGGGUCUGCAUGCUCUUGAGGACCAGCUCAAGAGUACAGCUGGUACUCAUUGUGUUGGGAACGAAAUGUCACUCGCUGACAUUGUUUUUGUGCCACAACUUCACAAUGCUGUCACGUAUGUUUUUUGGAAGUUUUUUGAAGUAUACAUAAGUCAAAAUUUACAGAAAAAUUGGGAAAAAGUGGAAGAUCAGGGGGUUAUCAGGUUUUCGUGGUAGGACCCAAAAUCUUUAAAAACAUUUUUAGAAAAUUCAAAAUCAAGUUGGACAAUCUACCGAUCGUAAAGAAGUUGUAUGCAAAUCUGAGAGAACAUGACUGUUUUGCCACCACCCAUCCUACAAAACAACCAGACGCCCAAGCCUCGGACCUAUCAAGCUGUAGAUCAACGACCUCUCUGACAUUCAACUUGGGCAAGUCCUCGUCCGACGAGAACAAUGACACUUUUGGCAAGGAAUGA